AUGAACACCAAUUCGCAGAGGAGCAAACAAUCUCCAAUCAGUUUUCGAUUUCUAAUACUCAUCGUUGUGUUUGAUAUCACAUGCUUCAUCCUUGCCGUUCGUGGCCUUCACAAAAUGGAAGGCUCCUACAACGACUCUCGUAAAGCACACGUCGUGCCAGUUUUCCGUCAAAGGAUAAACGAUACUGGCGAUUGCACAGACAAAGAGCUACUACUUCAAAUUCUUGCCGACGCUCUGAAAAACGCGUCUGCUACAGAAGACCAAACAUACGGCAACUGCUCCGCUUUGCCCGCUUGGCAAGAAGUGAUCAAGUUGUACGGGUCCAAACCUGUGAUCUUGGGUCUGGAGCACUGCGCAGCUUUUCGCAACAAUGUCACCCUACAGGACCCGCUGGGUGGUCUGAGAGUCGCCGGGUUUUACAAUUCGGGAACCAACGCUUUGGAACAAACACUUUUGAGAAAUUUGAACAACGCGGAUACUGAUGGCCGACAAGAGCUUCCGACCGUAGUACCUUGGUCUAAGCACAGACCGCUGUGGACAGCCAAAGAAUCAUAUUUUCUUGAACAUCGCCAUGUUCUACCUGUCGUCGUGGUUCGCGAUCCGUAUCGAUGGAUGCAGUCCAUGUGCAAAACCCGGUACGAUUUGUUUUGGCAAAGGAACCUCAGACUUAACGGAAUUGAACACUGUCCCAAUCUUGUCCCUUCUAGCCAAGACGAACAGAAUUUCAACCAAAAUCGUUCCACUUUUGCGGUGUGGUUGCGCAAUCCUAUUCAAAAUAGCACGCACGAUUCGUUAGCGGCCUUGUGGUCUAGAUGGAACGGUGCGUAUUUGAAUACGAGUAUUCCACGACUAAUUGUACGGAUGGAAGACUUGAUUUUUCACGGGCCGGAAAUGGUGCAAAAAUUAAGUGAGUGUGUCGGCGUUGACCGGACCGAUCCUUAUGUCUUCCUUACCGAAGCUGCCAAGUCCCACGGACGGUCAGCGGAUUUGGCGACCGCCAUGAUCAAGUACGGUCGGCGGGAUGGCCGCUAUGCUGGAAUGACGACGCUAGACUUGGCGUACGCAAGGCAUGCUUUGUCAGGCGAUCUCAUGCAAGCACUACGUUACGAAUACGAUGAUUUUUCGCUGGACGCAAGUCCAAGAAUUCUGUGGUAA